AUGAAUCAUUCAGAUGGUGCUCAAUCCCCUCCCUUAUUUGGUAUGUAUCCGUUACCCUAUUGGCCAACAAGUUCACAAUUGUUAUUGAUGAUGAACUUUCAAAAUCCUUUGAUGAGUCCUAUUCACAAUCUAGGUUCUCCAAUUUUAACUUCCAACAUUAAUUUUCCUCAGCCCACUAUCAAUUUUGAUAUCAGGUGUGAUCAAUCGUAAAUUAUGAAGGAUGCAUCUCAAGUCAAACAGCCCUAACAAUACUUCAGUCAAAUAUAAACUAUACAGUAAUAAAUUGAAGAAAUGAAUUAUGAUGAUAUCACUCUGGAAAAUCUAGAGCAAUUGAUCCAUUUACUAUUUGCAGAUUCUUCCAAAAUCAAAAAGAUCAUGUAAAAACUGAAAGAAAAGAAAUGUGCUAAGGUAAUCAAGAUCUUAGACACUUUGACCAAAAAAAUCAGAUCGCAACAAAAGAGUAGAGAAGAAUUAAUCAAAUUUUGUUUGAGAAAAGCCUUUAGAGAGAUCUUCCAUCAAAUCCAAGAGAAAAAUACGAAAUCAAAACUGAACCUCAAAGCUGCCUCCAAACUCUUCUAGCAAUCUUUUCAAGCAGAAAAAUCAAAAUAGAUAUCCUUGCCUUUCAGAAAAAAUAGCAAAAUCAAGACCAUGAACAAUCAAUUUUUACAUGAAUUGUUCCAAUCCAAAUAAUUUAUAGAUUAGUACAAGACCUUUUUGGAUAAUCUUGAUGCCAUCAUAGAAAACGAUAGAAAUAAAAAAAUUAAGGCCUUGGCCGAAAAAUCAUGGGAAUUCAUCUCAUCCAACAAAAAAUCAUAUACUGUCAAAAGGUUGCCAUGGUCUCUAAAGAAUAUAGAAAAACUCAAGGAGACCGCCAAUGAAUUGCUAAACUACUGCGAUGAAUAAUAAAGAUUGUGA